AUGGAGUGUAACGUAUGGAUCUCACUGCAAGGAAAAGAGCUCCUCAGUCCUACAUCUUUGGUGGCUUCGGCAGCACUUUAUUCGGAACUUCCUCUAACUGUGAGCGGAGCUUCCGGCGAUUCCAUUGAUUUGAUCUUCACUCGCGUAAGGUCAGUAUGUUCGUAUAUUCUUCCUCUGUUUCAAAAUUCUCAAUCAAGUUGUCACUUCGAUGGAGAGAGUGAUUUCUCUUUGAACACAUUGAGUGCCUGCUCUCCAUCGACUAUAUCCGGUAUUAUCUCUACGGCAUCGCUUACCAUUUUUUUUCUUGGCUUUGCUCUCACUGUUUAUGGGCCUUUCUCACAACUUUUGUUUACAAUACCUUUGAAGACACGUUCGAAAAGGGGAGGAGUCGAAACCAAUACACUCCCCAGUUAUUAUACUGAUUACAAAGAUGGAAAAUGGCGAUACGUUGAACUUGCACUGGUCGCUGAUUACUCUGUGUACGCAAAAUAUGACAAAGAUGAAGAGAAGGUAUUGGAGCGACUCCAAACGAUCGCUCAUCAUCUGUAUUAUCCGUUGAACAUUCGCAUUACAUUGGUGUGGGCUGAUAUAUGGAAAGAUGGCGACAAAUUCGAAGUUGUGACAAGUGGAGAUCAAACUUUGAUGCGCUUUCUAAAUUACCGGAAGGAGAUAAUCAGAACUCAUCCUAACGACAAUGCUCACAUGAUUACGGACAUACGUUUCGAACAGAACGUUGUUGGCAAAGCAUUUAAGGGGACAAUGUGCUCAUACGACUAUUCUGGUGGAGUUGACGUGGUUAUGGCAGCGACAGUAGCUCAUGAAAUGGGUCAUAAUUUUGGAAUGGAACAUGAUGUAGACUAUGGGACGACCUGCAACUGCCCUGGAAACCAUUGCGUUAUGGCGCCUUCCACAGGAAUGUCACCUCCAUCGUUUUGGUCGGAUUGUAGUCUGCGUAAUAUCUACAACAGUUUUAAUCGUGGUGUUGAUCUUUGUUUGAAGAAUCCCCCUGAAAAAAGUGUUGGAGGUGCAAAAUGCGGGAAUGGCGUUGUAGAACAUGGCGAGGAAUGUGACUGUGGACGAGAACAAUGCUCACACGCCUGUUGUGAUGGCAAAACGUGCACUUUGACUGCGAAUGCUGAAUGUGCCGAAGGGGACUGCUGUGAUCUUCUUACCUGCAGGCCAAAACCUCGAGCAACAGUCUGUCGAGCUUCGAUUGGUAUUUGUGAUUUGCCUGAGUACUGCAAUGGUGACACACCCGACUGUCCUGCCGACUUCUUUGUUCAGAAUGGGCAUCUCUGUCCAGGUAGAACAAACGAGUUCUGCUUCGAAGGUCAAUGUGGUAGUCGACAAGAUCAGUGCCAUGCUAUAUGGGGGCCAACGGGUAGAGAAGGUGACAGAGCAUGUUUCCAACAAAACACGAAUGGGAUUAUUCAAGGGAAUUGUGGGUACGAUGCUCACACCGGCCAUUACAAACGAUGCCUUGCUGAUGACAUAAUGUGUGGACGACUUCAAUGUGAAACUCAAGCAGAACGACCUAUAUUUGGUGAUUUAGCCACUGUGACUUCCGCAUACACGUAUAAUUCCUCUACUCAAGGAACUGAGACUCAUCAAUGUCACGUCAUAAAGACAACUUAUGUAUCUGGCCACAAAAACACCCCAGACCCUGGCAUGGUUCUUGACGGAGCAGUAUGCGGAGAUAACAAGAUUUGUGUGGGUGCCAAAUGCGAGAGUAAAAGCGAAGUCUCCAAGAUGGUUUCGAAAUGUAAUGAUCAAUGCAACUACAGAGGCAUAUGUAAUAAUGUUGGUAAUUGUCAUUGUGAGAACGGUUUCGGAGGAAUCGCGUGCGAAAUUCCCGGCUUUGGAGGUUCAGUUAACAGUAAUACAUCACAUACUAGCAGGGGGUACUAUGUGAGGGACAAUCUGAAGUUGUAUGGCGUCUUAGUUCCCGUUCGAAAGGCACCGCCUCCUCCAAGUGAUGGAAGACGCACGAGGUUCGUAAUUUGA